AUGAUGAAUCACUUUUUUGAGUGUCCCCACGGUUGCGGUAGAAAAUUCGAUGAUAACUAAAGAUUGGAGGAUCAUAUUAAAAGGAGACAUUUCCUUCAAUAGAAAGUCUAUCCAAGUCUAUACGAGAAUACAAAUGGAAGUGCGAUACAAAAGAGAGUCAAUGUCUUAAGAUCAAAACUGCCUCAGCUCAAUGAUAAUCAUUCGUAAGUUCAAUAAUAAUACUCCUAAACAUAAUAAUAAUUAUCUGAGUCAAUCAAUACAUAACAAUUACCUCCAAAACCAAUUUCUAAAUUGUAGUUACAAUUCAAAAAAGGUUCAAUUCUUCGUCCCAAUUCAAGUAAUAAAAAGUUAGAUGAUGUAUAAAAAAAUGCUGAUUAAAAAGAUAAGCAAUCUAAUGAAAACAAGGAGAUUCAAAAAAGCGUAAAGAUAAUCGAACCUUCUCCAGUAAUAUCAGCUUAGGAUUUGGUGGAAGCUAGAAAGCUGAUCACCAAACAAUUUAUAUGCACAAACAGUGAUGCUUCUGAUUUGGAAUCAGUUACACACUUGACCUUGAAUGAGAAAAAUCUCUUGGUUUUUGAAAGCACAACAGAAGUUCCAUUUUAAGAUUUAAUCUCCUUAAAGAGUCUAUCCUUAUCCUAAAACAAGUUGAUCAAUGUAAUUGGAAUCAGUGUGUUGCAUAAUAUUGUAGAUUUGAAUCUCAAUAACAACAAAAUAUCUACACUAUAGCCAUUGGGAGAAUGCAAGAGACUCCAGAAAUUGUAUGCAAAUAACAAUCUAAUCAACUCCAUAGAAAUGGGAUUGAUGAUUCAUUUGAAAAUCUUUCAAAUCGGCAAUAAUUAAAUUACUGAAUUUGAACAUUUGGUCAAUAGCAUUAAGUUGAUGCCCAGUCUUAAGGAUCUUGUUAUUGAAUGCAAUCCUUGUACUCAUAAAUAUGCUUACAAAUACGACAUUCUAUGGACUGUGUUCUUAGACAAAUUGGACAAUCAGAUUAUCACUCAAUAGGAUUACAAUCUGGCUUAGGCUUUCAAGGACAGCAAAUAGGAAUCCAAAUUAUCACAAAGUGUGAUGUUUUCUAAGGGUAUGAGACCACAAACAGCUUCUACUAUGAACUAAAGCAUUCCCUUUCAAGAUCCAUAAAAUGAGAAUUCUCAAACUAACAUAGUGUUGGAAUAGAUCAAUUAAGAAUUGGAGGAAGAGAUAGAAGAAUUAUACGACAUCAAUUCCAAUAUGAGAGAGAAGAUUGAUAAGUUGGAGAAGUAGAAUGUUGAAUAUAGACUUAUUGCUGAGAGAGUUCCAUUUCUAGAAGAAUAAUUACAAGAUAUGAGAUCGAAGAUUAGUGCUUAUGAGAGUUUGAUAAUAUUCAAAGAUUCACCAGAUAAUGAAUUAAGAAAACAUAUCUUUGCUUUGACCUAAGAAUUGGAGAAAUUAAAGAGUAAUAAUAAUCAUCUUGAGAAUUAUGAAGAGGAAAAUCAAACUAAAUUUAAUAUCAAUUAAUCUAAGUUUUAGAAUACAGAAACCACCUUUAUCUAGUAAUUAUCAUAAGCAGAAAGUGACAAUGAGAAUAAGGGAGAUGAUGAAGAUGAUGACGAUAAAUACUUUCGAGAUGAUGAAAACAUUUCCCAGAUUCCAGGAUAAGAAAUAAUGGAGUUGAUAAUGAGGAAUUCAAUGACCUUGAGCAAACUCAAAGAUGAAUUCAAAGAUAUCAAUUGA